AUGUUUGUCCUAGAGAUUGAAGGAACUUCGAUGCACCAGCCACGUGGGAGCCACUUCAGAUGUGCAGACGAUGCUAGCAGACGACGCGUGAUGCAUUGGGAGAUCCAGACGAAGUCCAAAAGGGGUUCAAAAGGAGACCAAAAGAAGUUGGAAAAGGGUUCAAAAGGAGAGCAAAGGGGGUCUAAAAAGGGUUCAAAAGGGAUCGAAAAGGGUUCAAAAGGAGAGCAAAGGGGGUCUAAAAAGGGUUCAAAAGGGAUCGAAAAGGGUUCAAAAGGAGAGCAAAGGGGGUCUAAAAAGGGUUCAAAAGGAGACCAAAAGGGGUCUAAAAAGGGUUCAAAAGGAGAGCAAAGGGGGUCUAAAAAGGGCUCAAAAGGAGACCAAAAAGGUUCUAAAAAGGGUUCAAAGAGCCUUUAA